AUGGAAUUCGAGCAGAAACGAGAUGGCAUUGAGCUUGUGAAAAAGGGAGAAAUUUACUUUCCCGAAAAUGCCGACGCCCACAAACUAACAGUCCUCAUCUGCGCGCUCAACAAGUUCGGAUACGCCGCAGACCGCGAUCUCCUCGCAAGGUAUGCAGAGCGGGCUCUGGCGCUGACGCCUUCUCUUUAUCCGCGGCACGCGUCGCUUAUUCUGAAUGUUUUUGCGCGCCACCGCUUCGUUGACGAGGCUCUGCUGAGCGCGCUGGGCGACACGCUGGCCACUCGACUGCGGAAUGCGAAUGCGCAGGACCUCGCGCUGAUUGCGAGUGCGUACGGGAAUCUCGAGUAUUUCCAUCCUCUUCUGCUGAAGCGUCUAGGUGAAGAGAUUCCGCACAAGCUUCCCCACUUUGAGCCGCAGCACGUAGUUGCCGUCGCCCACGCGUUCGCGAAGCUCGAGAUCCAGGACUCGCUCUUCUUUGACGACGUCGCCGAGCAAACACUUCGCUUCAUAGAGGACUUCGCCCCGCGGCCGACCGCGCUCAUCGCAAACAUUCUGGGCGCCCGCGUCCGCUACAGAAACCCCGCGUUUUGGCGUGAGCUCCUCAGCCACGCUUGGCACCUGCGCAAGAAGCUCGAGGCCAACGAGUUGAUCAUGAUUGCCCACGGGGCCUCGGCAGUCGACGCGGCGAUGGACGAGGAGUUUUUGAAGCUCAUGACGCGCAGCGCCUGUGAUCACUUUGGCACGCUGAGUCUGGCGGAGAAGGCGCAGGCGAUCAACGCGUGCGCACGCGUGAAGUUCUACUCCCCCCAGCUGUUCGACUGCCUCGCAAACUGGCUCUCGGCGUGCCCAGAAGAACUCGAGAGACUCGAAGUCCCCUUCGUCUGCCAAGUCCUCCACGCGUGCGGCAGACUGCGCCACAACGACCCGCAACUCGUGACGCCGCUCUGCCGGCGGCUCGCGCAGACAGCUCUCAACUCUGCGCAGACGCCCCUGACGCCUCAGGUCAUUGCCGUGUCUCUGCGCGCCCUCUGCAGGCUCGGCCGCGGGCGGGGGGCGCCUCGCCUCGCGGCCGCGAGCGCGUUGCAUGAAGACACGCGGCCGUUGAGGCUAUCGUCUGGGGCACGCGCUUCAGGAGCGUCAGCUGCUUCGUCGCUUUCUCAGUUUGCUUUGGCGCAGGCAGAGCCUGCGCCGGGCGCAGGCUCCUUCCUCGCGCGUGGCGACGGGGGGCGGUUUGUGGGGGGACAGGGCGAGCCUGUCUCCGAAGAGGACUGGCGUGUCCAGCAAGAACUGGUCGCGCUCCUCACGCAGGAGGUGCCCAGGCAGCUCGGCGGCUUCACCCCGCAGGGGCUGUGCGAGUCGCUGGACGCGCUCUCCGCGUUGGGCGUCGACAAUGCGAUGCUGUACUACUGCAUCAGCCAGGAGCUCGGCGGCAAGAGACUUUGGCCGGCGCUCUCUGUCCCAGGGCUGCUGGCAAUUCUUCGCGCUUUCUCGCGACGCGGCGCCAAGGGCGACGUCCCGCUCGUCCGACGCUGUCUCACCCGCCUGCGCGCCGCCAUUGAAACCAUGGACGCGGGCGAGUGUCUCUCCACGAGGCAGGCGCUGGAGAAGCUCUGCUUGGACAUCGUGGCCGCCGACGUAGCCGCCCUGCAAGGGCGAGGGGGGCGGCAUGGCGCUGCUUUGCUGGUGCACGCGAACGGAGGCAGAACUGGGAUCUCGCCUGCACAGAGCGCUAGCGAGCUGCUCUCUGUGCAGGACGGACAACUCCGACUCUCCGGGGGAGCAGCUGCCGGCGACGACUCGGCGGCCGUCGAGGCGCCAGGCAUCGAUGCGCUCCUCCUGGCGAGCAAGAGAGAUGAUCCUCGGCUGAGGCACCUUCGCUCGCUCGUCGCCGCUGUCGACAAGCGACAGCAGACAGUGAAUCAGUUUUCGCGGCUUCCAGAAGAGCGGCCUCUCGCCUUUGCGUCCCGUAGUCCGCAUUUGCCACACACAGAUACGAGGCGCCGUCGAUCCGAAGAGGCCGAGGACCGCAUUCGCACGUGGGGGGGAGCUGCCGCACGCGCGCUUGCGGCAGCGGAGGCAGUCGAGGCAGAACAGGCAGAAGCAGCGGCUCUGUUCGGCGCGCGGUGGCACGCAGAAACGUUUCCGACGGAUGCGAGCGCGGCGGACAGCGGCGAGCCUGUGCUGGGGGCUGCCAGCGACGCCCUCCUCGACGGCGGCGACAGCGAGGGAGGUCAGCUGUUACAUCGAGGGGCAGAACUCGGGGAAACGGAAGAAAGCGCGAGACGAAAGCGAGACGGGCGCUCGCAGACAGAGUGGAUGAGCAGCGAGCUGCCAAGUCACCAGGGUCACGAUGGAACUCGCGAACACGUUUCACUCCAGGCGAUCACGACGAGUGACCAGAAUGAGGAGCGAGGGCCGAGCCGGUGGUCUGCGCGAGCUCUCUCGCCCAGCGACCAAAUCUCCGUCUUGAGGGUGGCAAACCCAGGGAAGAAAGACUGGGUGAAGGAUAUUCAACCGCGGGGGGCGAGCGACAGGAUCACGCAAACCAGGUCUGAGCCGCGUGCGUACGCCACGACAGGUGACUCUCUUGACGACAUUGUGUCUCGGUUGCACGGCGCUGAAAAGCGCGGCCGCCGCGAGUCAGGGGAAGCCUCCUCUGUGCGGCACUCCGGGAGUGAACAUCCCCGCCGGGGGCAAGUGGAUUCUGCCAGGUCGGAGGAAGGCAAAAACAGCGCAGAGGAAGGAGUGAGACCCGAGGCAAGGCGGCUCACUCUCAAAGACCUGCUGAGCGGUUCGCACUGCGAGACAGGCGACUUAAAGUUCAACUGGAGCGAGCCUGAAGAGAGAGACACCGACUUGCCGCGAGGUCUUCGGCAGGCUAGCAAGUGUGAAGGGAUCGAGGAAACGAACUGGGAUGGUGACGCAUCACCAGGGGAGCAGACGCUGCUGUCUGCGUGUUCAGGCGAAGGGACAGUAGAAGAGGAAAGCGAGCAAUCGCUUCGGGGCCGAGGGAGAAGACGACGACGGCAGGCUGCGGCGCCUUCUCCAGCAUUACAGGACGAAGUUGAGGGGAGGCUGAAGAGACGUCCUGGGCAGGCAGAGAACCUGGAGGAGUUGCAGGCGCAGUGGCGCAGUCUCUACCUUGGGCGGGAUGCGGGAAGGCCGCAUCCGACGGUGGACGACGAGGCGUGCGCAAGGUCGCUGUUUCCGGUUUCAGGGCGUGACGCGAGAGCAGUGACGAUUGGCGGUUCUAGAGAGAUGGGCGACUCCAGUGGCAUGCGUUCUGCGUCUCCAGCCUCAAAGCCGAGCGAACUUGCGGACGCCCCUUCCUCCCGGCAACGCGUGUCGUCUAGCGCCGUGAUGAUGAGAGGACGCGAAACCGUUGACGGCACGGGGUUGAUUAUUCGAAACUGCAGGAUGCAGCAGAAAGCCGCGCAAGAAGGCGGUUUUGAGGUUGGCUACGAGGAUCUCGGGGACCUAUUCAGCGGAAGCGCGGCGGGGAUCGCUUCGGCAGAAAGACACCAGCGAGGAGGGGGCGCUAAAAGCGAUGAGUUCAGGACGGGAAACGGAGAGGAGCUUUCGCCGCGCGGUUGCGGGGGGCGAAAGCGUAAAAGGAGACUGGCGGUAUGA